UCGAGAAAAGUUUGUCUAGCAACCUCAACAAAGGAAAAAUUCCUGAUAUUAUUGCUUCAACUUCUUCAACUUCUGAAACUACUGCGCCUAAACUGACAGUUAGUGUCGACGAGUCUUUCAAUAUGUCAGAAAAUAUCUUAGAUACUAUAACAAUCGGCUUUGAUGCUCCUUCAACCCAA